CAGCGGGUCAGCUUUGUCCUCCACACUGCCUCCUAUGCCUCUUACACCUCCAGCUGAGCCCGGAUGCAGCUGGAGGAGCUGGAAUUGAAAAGUUUUGGCAUUUCUACUACAGACAAAACAUAACAAUACCCGGAACCAAAGAUGAACUGGGCAUCAUUCUAUGCCGUCAUCAGCGGCGUGAACAGGCACUCCACUGGUAUCGGUCGCAUCUGGCUCUCUGUCCUGUUCAUUUUCCGCAUCCUGGUAUUAGUGGUUGCAGCUGAGAGCGUGUGGGGUGAUGAAAAGUCCGGCUUCACCUGCAACACCCAGCAGCCAGGCUGCAACAGCGUCUGCUACGACCACUUCUUCCCCAUCUCCCACAUCCGCCUCUGGGCGCUCCAGCUCAUCCUGGUCUCCACUCCAGCCCUGCUGGUAGCAAUGCAUGUGGCCCACCGCCGCCACGUUGACAAGCGGAUCUACAAACUGUCCGGCAGAACCAAUCCCAAAGACCUUGAGCAGAUAAAGACCCAGAAGAUGAAAAUUACAGGAGCCCUGUGGUGGACCUAUGUCAUCAGCCUGUUGUUCCGUAUUGUCUUUGAGGUCACUUUUAUGUAUGUGUUUUACACGAUUUACCCUGGUUACAAGAUGAUCCGGCUGGUGAAGUGUGACUCGUACCCUUGUCCCAAUACAGUGGACUGCUUUGUGUCGAGGCCCACGGAGAAGACGGUUUUCACCGUGUUCAUGCUGGCUGUGUCAGGGGUUUGCAUUCUGCUCAACAUUGCAGAGGUGAUCUUCUUAGUGGGGAAGGCCUGCAGUAAGCACCUGCACAAUGCUGGAGACUCAUCAGUGGCAGCUUGGAUCCAACAAAAGCUUUGCUCCUACUAACAAACAGACUGAUUUCAUAGGUCUACAAAGUGACGCUUAAAAUGGAAUUCUCUUUCUGACUGAACAUUGAAGGUCAAUAAAUAAUACUGCGUGGAAAAAAUGAAAAGGUAAUGACUUAUCUGGUGGCUUUAAGACUUUUCAUACCAGCAAUUAAAGUCACAAAGAACCAAAACAUUGUAGUACUUUGUAAUUAAAUUAUACCAUAUAAUGCACAUAAUAUAUACCAAGAAUUUCCUCUGGAAUUAAUAAAGAAUUUUUAUUUCAAUUUAUAAUUUCUGCAAGUUUAGCAAAAAUAAGUUGAGUGGCAUUCAAUGAAGAGGUAUUCCAGCUCUCUGUUGUCCCUUAUCCUUUUCAUUCAGCUUGAAAUAAACUAUGAAGCCGAACCUCUGCCACAUAUUAUUUUAAAUAAACACUUUUUUGUCAGAAAAAUGGGGAAAUAUAGUGAUACUGUAAUCUAUUAUUAUUUAUGUAAAAUGCAGUAAUAAUAACUUGUUUGUUUAAAUCGGUAUAGCUUGAACCUAACAUGAUGGAGGAUUUAAUGAUUCCCUCAAUUAUUAUGGGCAAGAUCUUUUAUUUAAAUGUGGUGAACAUGUCGCAUUUUGUCGACGUUAAUCUUAACAUCCUUUUUUCUUUUGUGGUUGAAAAUGUUCAUAUUUAAACAAAGCAACAAAUC